GGCGGUGGCGGCGCAUGCGCGGGGCGGCCCCAGCGGUCCCGGCCCGGUCCCGGUCCUGGUCCCGGUCCCGCUCGUAGUCCCGGGGCGGUGCGGAGCGAGCGGAGCGGCGGCCGCGGCGGCCGCGGCCCGAGCGCGCUGGGGCAUGGCCGUCAACGUGUACUCCACGUCGGUGACCAGCGAGAACCUGAGCCGCCACGACAUGCUGGCCUGGGUCAACGACUCCCUCCAGCUCAACUACACCAAGAUCGAGCAGCUCUGCUCCGGGGCUGCCUAUUGCCAGUUCAUGGACAUGCUGUUCCCCGGCUGCGUCCACCUGCGGAAGGUGAAGUUCCAGGCCAAGCUGGAGCACGAGUACAUCCACAACUUCAAGGUGCUGCAGGCUGCCUUCAAGAAGAUGGGGGUGGACAAGAUCAUUGCGGUGGAGAGGUUGGUGAAGGGUAAAUUCCAGGACAACUUCGAGUUCAUCCAGUGGUUCAAGAAGUUCUUCGAUGCCAACUACGACGGGAAGGAGUACAACCCGCUGCUGGCGCGGCAGGGCCAGGACGCCGCGCCCCCCCCAAACCCAGGUGAUCACAUCUUCAACAAACCCAAGAAACCCAUUGGCACUGCAGUUCCCCAGAGGACCUCCCCCACGGGCCCCAAGAACACGCCGAACCCCGCUCGCCUCAGCAACGUCCCCAGCAGCAUCCUCCGGAAAAACUCCCCCGCAGCGCGGAACGGGGGCACCGAGGCCGAUGCACAGAUCCUGGAGCUCAACCAGCAGCUGAUGGACCUGAAGCUGACGGUGGAUGGGCUGGAGAAGGAGCGGGAUUUCUACUUCAGCAAACUGCGGGACAUCGAGCUGAUCUGCCAGGAGCACGAGAACGAGAACAGCCCCAUCAUCACUGGCAUCAUCAGCGUCCUCUACGCCACAGAGGAGGGCUUCGCCCCACCAGAGGAUGACGAGCUGGAGGAGCAGCAGCCAGAGGACCAGGACGAGUACUAGCCCCGGCACGCUCCCUCGCCCCGCGCCGUUCCCCACCAUAGACAUUGGAGGUCCCAGCCCGUGGCCUCGCUCACCCCGCACCGUCACACGCCAUCCUGGUCCCCAGCAGCUCCGCUGGGAAGCCACUGGCUCCAUGAAUAAAUAAGAUGUCAUCAUCCAGCCAGGAGCAGGGCUGUACCGAGGCCAGGGGGGGCUGGGGGGUGGUGGGAAACGUGGCUCUGGCCCUGACCCACAUUCACCCCAUAUUUAUUUUCCAUUCUCCUCUCUCCCCCAGCAGCUGCCCCGGUGUGACACAUCCCUCACCCCACACCUCGCUGCCUGAGAGCCAGAGGGAAAGAGCAAGUCCUGGGGGUGGUUUGUUUUUUGGGGUUUUUUUUUUUGGGGGAAGCAUCCUGCCUGCGCUGCCUGCACCCUGCCGGCCCGGGGAGGGGGGCUGGGGCCUUGGGACCACCGCACAGGGUUGGCCGUGGCUUGGACCUGGGAGGGGAGGACGUUUUGUUUCAGGUUCCUGGAAAAAUGGAAAAGAAACCUCAGACAUGCAGCGUGGGGGGACCUGCCCACCCCAGGCCAGGAUGGGCGGUCCGGGGGGGUGGGGGAACCUGUCCCGUCUGCGGUGGGGGGGCGGUGCUGCCCCUCUCCCCGCUGCCGUGUCCCCUCCUCUCGCCCACCGAGGACCCCCGGGCCAGGCAGGCGCUGUGGGGAGGGGGUUGCCGUGAGGGUCCUGCAGCACCCCCCCCGGCCGCCGCCCACCCCCCCCGUUGCAUCGCUUGUCUGGUCCGUCACUGCGGUCGCGCAGCCUGCAUCUGUGUUCCGUUUUAUUUAAAAUAAACUCGUGUGGUAAA